AUGUUCGACUCGUACUCGCCAUUUCUAUCCACGGGGUCGCUCAACUUGUGCCCAACUUUAUUAAGAUUAAAUACGAGACACAUGAUGGUAGACCGUUCCAAAGUGGAAAAAUCAAAGUUACUUGAAUGGUUGCUUCAUAACUGGCAAGCUAGCAUGAAGGUGGCAUAUCCAGUGGACGGUCAUAUGUCAGCUAUUAACAUACUUCAUACUCUUGAAAUUUCAAACAGUAUUUCCAGUUUUUUAGGACUUCCUCAGCUAAAUGUUGACAUUGAAAACUUUAGUGAUCUCGCAGGUGAUAGCUACAAAGAAUACACAACUGCAGAUGCCUGGAACCAUUUACUCCAAAUAAUUGCAGUCCAGGAAAGUAAGGUUAAUACGCAUUCUGUAACCAAAUUUAGAGAAGAGGUCUACGAUGAAGAAUUUGCGACUGCUGUUCUAAACGUCUUGAAUAAACGCCUGAAGGACUCGACACUCCUACUCUCGACAAAUCGCCACGACAUAGGAGUCAACCAAGAUUAUUCAUCUAUACUGCACCUCAUUGUGCUAAGCACUCUUGUCAUUGGUAAUUUAGGGACUGUCUGUGAAAAUAGCCAUGAUGAUACAAACUAUAGAGGUUACUUAGAUUUAUGUAUGCUCACGGAAGAUCUUUCAAAAUUGUUUUCUAAUUGGUCGACGACUUUGAUAAAAUAUGAAAGCAACGCUUUUAGUCUCUAUGUAACGGGUAUCAUCCUUUGCUCUACAAAAAAGGCAUUCAUCACAACUAAAGCUCAAUCAAUUCUUAGAUCCAGUUCAAGGUCGACGUACGAUUGCUUACUUUCAUAUCUGCCGCCUAAGGAUGAUCUUCCAUUGCAUUCUAUCAUCGCUGCCAAAACCUCUCGAGAUGUCAAUCUAACGAGCGUUGCCUUUGGACUAUAUCUUGUAAGCAAUGGCUCUUUGGUUUCUACAUCUACAUUUGCAUCUAUUGACCAAUUGCUGGCAAACAUCACACUGUCAGAAUCUAAGGAGCUGGGGGACAGCAUCGAGGUAUUCUUAAGCUGUUCUGAUUUUUUGUACACGUUUCUGGAAGAAUUUUCUGGCAGCUUAUCUAGUAGCCACUACGUUAUAUUACUUCGAUACUUGGGCUCCAAUCUGCUUGCCAACCGGAUAUGGAAACUCUCAGAGAUAACUCUGAAGACGACUAUUAGAUACCUCUCAAUGGGUUGUCGUUAUUGUUUAAAUCUAAGCAAGACGAACAUUCAUGACAGUGCGGUAAGUGACUGGCAGGACAUAUUCAAGUUUGUUAUUAAAGCGGUAUUUGAUUCACCGGUCCAGUCUAAGUUGAUCAGAGUCCAUCUUUUUGAGCUUCUAUGUCUUGUUAUAGAGACACUCGUAGAUAACGAGGAAGUUCUAUUGUUAUCACAAGAAUAUCUACAAGGAGUUCUAAAUGAAGCUACCGAUGUGUUCUAUUAUUCAAUUUCGCCCUCAUUAUCUUCUAUGAUGUCUGAAAUCGCUUACAAACAGAGAAUGGGAUUGUAUUCUAUCAUAAUACAGGGAGUAGGGCCCUUGUUGGUAGAUACUUCGAAUAUUUGCUUCCUGGCACACCUUCUGAGCAAGCUGGCGGGUACUGAUGGCGACAUUAUGAUUUUGUCCAUUUGCGAACUUUUGAAAAUUGUGAUUAUUCAAGGGCAGAGUUCGAACCAUAUUUUUAUCAAGCAUUCCCUUGAUUAUAUUGCCAGUGUAUAUCAGGUGUCUGGGGCAGCAGAGCUAUUAGAUAGUGCUUGUGACCCGAUUUUCGACUUUUGGCUGAAACAAACAACCGAUAGCUUAGAAGGAGAUAUUUUCCCCUUAAGAAUAUUUCCAUACCAUGUUUUUGGUUAUAAAUCCGAGAAGCAUUUUAUGGAAUCUAAUGUUACUCAAUUAAUUGCUCGGGCAUUAAUUUUUAACAAUUAUAUUGCAACCAAAAGUUAUUUAAAGCACUUCACGCACACUACUGAAAUACCUUUAAAUAACGCUUACUCUGAAAGUUUAUACAAAGCAAUCUCCUUAGGAUAUAAGUCUCUUGAUAUCUCAAUCGAAGAUUUGUACUCCAUUAUCGAUCAGCGAGUCAAAACCGACCAACCCGUCAGAACUCUCAUCAACGAACAGAUGCUGUACAUCUUGCGAGAACUCCUAAGCUCAACCGACGUGUCGGAUUGUAAGAUAGAGUUUCCCUCCUCAUCGACACUAGCGCCUUUAAAUGGAAACUUACAAGAGUUAAUGCCUUCAAUCAGUCGUUUGGGGGUGAGUCCACAGAAAGUGAUUGAAUAUAUCCAGUUGACGACCGAUGGAGAUAUUUCCAAACUUAUUGGAAAGACAGGGGCAAUCCCAACUACUAUUCUAAGAGGUAUAUUCAAGUCGCAUGAGAAGUUGACCAGUGAAAAUGAGAAAUACUUGGGUCUGCGACGAUGUUUAUUUUUCCUAACUAUUCUACUUAGUGAGAAUGUUCCGAAAUCUAAAGCGGCCAAGCGAAGGUCCUCAACCACCGUCGAAGAUGGGAAUAUUAAGGGAUAUACUUUAGAGCUUUGUUUAAGGGGUGCGAUUUCAUUAAUAUCCCUCCCUCGAGUAGAAGAGGAAGCUUGUCGAUUGUUGCAACUCUUGAUUUCGAGUGCUCCGCGGUAUCUGCUAAUCGAACUUGGAUUUUCUGUUGUACAAGGCUGCUUGUCGGAAUUAGAAAUAAAAGGAGUGUCUAACUGUAAGCGUGGUCUUCUUGCGGAAAUUGAUAGCUGCUUGGUUGAGAGUCAAAAAUUUUGGGAAGCAAAAAUUUUGUCAAAGUCUAUCAAUUAUCUCUUGAACAAGGACGCUGCAUUGUUUUCAGAUAGUGACGUUGUUAAUAUUAUUAGUGGAGACAAUAGCCAAUUCUACUUUCCCCAGGUGCGUAAAUGUUGUUGGGACAUUUUGGCACUUCAAUUAGAGUGCGAAUCAUUCUCUAGGGGCUUACUGGCUAAGAUGGAUCCCGAGAUACGGUCUGACACAGCUACAAAGCUAUUAUCCAAUAUGAGGAGCUACUAUCCAGAUACUGAGGGAUUCACAACUUGGGCAGGCCGGUUUAUCGCAACAUCAUUUUUAGAAGACGACUCAUUGUCGGUAGGAUUGAAUGAGACGAAAAGCGAGGAUUUAAAUUCACUGGCUGAUGAUGAUCUCAGGAGUUGGUUUAUGGAUGACCCCAUAUUUUGCAACGUCAUCAGAAUUAUACGGAAGAUAUUGCAGACAGGAAAUUUUCGUCAGAUUGAGUACGUCGAAAUCUGCCUUGGAUGGAUUCAACAGUAUAUCACCAUCAAUAGGCAGUCUUUACUAGAUUGUUUGCCUGGCAUCCUUCUAGAUGGUACAAAUAGUGAAAUGGCACAGUCUUAUGUAGUCCGCAGUCGGAAUAUGCUAUUGACCAUCAAGGAUCCAAAUAAGACGUUUGCAUCGUGGGUGAAGAAUGUGACACUUUCUAUGUUAACCGCAAUAGCGAAAGAUCAUCCGAUAUUCCAAGGGCUAGAAAUACUUGUACAAAAUAUUGAAGAGUUGAGUUCGAGUUUGUUCCCGGUAUUGGUGCACCAGAUAAUGAGUGAAAAAAGAUUCAAACAGUCUGGGGAUAUGCUCAACGCUGUCUUUGCUUAUUAUUUGUCAAAUGCCAAUGAAGGUGUCAAUCAAGACCAUCGAGUGCUAGAGCUGUUGAUAGAUACUGUUCUUUAUUUAAGAAGGUUCAAUCUUGUUGGGUUAGAAUCGUCAUCAUCGCCAUUGAAAGUUAGCUGGGAGGGAUGUGCAAUUUGGGCUUUCAAGCUAGGGCGUUAUCAAACAGCUCUCAUGUUUCUAGAAAUCCAUUGGAAUACCACCCAAUCCUACAGCUUGGAGUUAUUUUCAAAGAUCUCGAAGUUGAUAAAGUACCCUGAUAUGUACAGUUCUAUAGCACCAGAUCCUUCUUUGCAAGGCGCUAUUGAUAUUUCCUUGAAAAACUCGACAAGCAACAAAGAGUCACUCAAUGCUAUGAUCUUCGAGUCUGCUUUGAAUAACGCAAUUUCUAGUGGGUAUGACUGGGAUUUGAAUAACCACUCGUCAAUCACACUGGCAAGAUCGUUCAACAAUACUGGAAUCUACUCUAUAGCGGACCUCAUUUAUCAAGCCGAGCUGGGAAAGGGCCAGACCAAAGAAUACUCUUCUACUUGGAAACUAGAGAAGUGGACUCUCCCGGAUAUUGCGGAUCCUAAAAAUAAAGACGAAUUAAUUUACCAGCUAUUCAAGGGGAUGCAAGAUACAUUUUGCGAAAUAUCGAGUUUUGGAAAAAUCUACAAUAAGGCUCUGAAGUGCAUGGUAGUCGAAGACCAUCCCUUUUAUAGCGACCUUUUCCAGGUAUUGGCAAUCACGACCGAGGCACAGGAUAUUUUUGAAACAAAAAACAUUACGGAUACGCUAACAGCACAACGCAAAUCUUCAUCAAAUUGGGUGAACUAUGAUAGUUUUGAUAAAAUAGAAGACAUUUUGGUUGCACGACAAAUCAGCUGGCGAAUACUACAUCGUAGACUGUCUCAAAAUGAAGAUACAGCAACUCGAACUGUUGGCGACGUGACAUUGGCAUUUGCAUGUAGUUUUGUCGACCAUUGUCAGCUUGCAGUUCGUAAUAAAAGCUUCCUGAAGGCUAUGAAUUCUAUUGUCAAGUUUUUACAUUCUAAACUUCCGCAAUAUAAUGAGAUCAUAAAAAUGGCAUCCACCAUAGAGUCGGCCGCAGUAUGUUGGGCCACUGGUAAUCAAACUACUUCUAUUGACAUGUUGAAUUCGGUAAUCUCUUUGGAUUCAUUCUUGCAUGUGCCUAAAGAAGCCGGCUAUUUUUUUUCAAGAUCAAAUGUCCAUGCAAAACUGGCAAGUUGGCUAUCAUUAGCCAGGCAUGAAACGGACAAUGUCAUUGUAACCGAAUACUUGGAUCCAGCUUGCAGAUACCGGAAUGAAGAUAUAAAUUGCAAUCCGUUAGAAGAUAAGACUGAGUUCUAUCAUAUGUUUGCCUCGUUCUGCGACGAGAAAUUUCGGAGUGAAGCGCUUAAUAGAGAGAUGUCGAUUCAAUACCGUCAAAGGAAGGACAAAGACAGGAGACUAAAUGAGCUUAGUAAGCAGAAAAUAUUGAGUAAAGAAAGUAAACUUUUGAAAAAUAGGUUGGAGAAACUGCGUGUAAAUCACGAUAACCAGUACCAAAUACUCAAAGCAACAAGCCAGAAUUUUCUAUUCAAGAGUAUCAAGAAUUACCUUUAUAGUAUAUGUGAAGGCGAUGAACACCGAGGAGAUGUCUCUCGGUUCCUUGAUCUUUGGUUUGCCAAUGCCACAAAUCCCAUAUACAUCGUGCAUCUGAACUCUAUGGUUGCCAAGUUUGGCAGCCGAAUUCCUAGUAUCAAGCUUGUACCGUGGAUAAGUCAGCUUUCUUCUAAACUGAGUUUAGAAGUUAACGAGUUCCAAAAAACUUUAUGGAAUAUUGUCGGGAAAGUGUGUGAAGACCACCCAUAUCAUACUAUGUAUCAUAUUCUUGCAUUAAAGCUAUUUCCAAAGCAUGAGGCAAGGCAUAUGGUUGGAGUGAAAUUCUUUGAUGUCCUUAAAAAGAGAAAAAAAAUUGACAAUGAAUUACUGACAAACUUCGAAUCACUAGCAAUAAUGACAGCAGCAGUUGCUAAAAUAUCCCCCAAGCAAUCAAACGGACAAACAGCUAGCAAAAUGCAAUUUGAUAGAAUGGGUGAACCAGGAGUUUGGUGGUUGAAAACCUUACCAACACUAGAACUCCCGAUGCCGACUGCUGAGAUCGAGCUAAGAUCUGACCGAAAAUAUACCGUGGCGAAUCUCCCUACCGUCACCAAGAUACUGAAACAGGUUACAAUAGCAAGUGGAAUCAAUCACCCGAAAAUAGUCUCAGUUGUGGACAGCAGGGGACAAACGAACCUAGCAUUGAUCAAGGGAGGAGAGCGGGACGAUCUGAGACAAGAUGCCGUGAUGGAACAGGUCUUUGAUCAAGUAAAUCUUUUCAUGAAAAGCGAUCGCCAAGCAAAAACUAGGAAUAUGAGAGUUCGAAUCUACAAAUUGGUACCUCUUGGGCCGGGGGGAGGAAUGAUUGAAUUUGUGCGAAACACAAGUCCGUUUAUUGGUGUCACUCAAGAGCUGCAUAAGAAGUACAAUCCAAAUGAUAUUGAUGCUGAUGAAGCUCGUAGGGAGAUGCAGGCGGUGGAAGCAGAGAGUAAGGAAGUGAGAGUGGAGGUUUAUAAAAGCAUAGAAAAGAGGCUCAAGCCGGCUUUCAGGUAUUUUUUCACUGAGAGAUUUUACUCUCCUGAGGAGUGGUUUCAUAAUAGAGCCCUUUACUCAAAAUCUACAGCUGUCAAUUCCAUGAUCGGUUAUAUCCUUGGCCUUGGUGAUAGACAUUGCAGUAACAUCUUGGUGGAUACUUUGACUGGCGAGAUUAUUCAUAUAGAUCUGGGUAUUGCUUUUGACCAAGGAAAGCUCCUUCCGAUUCCCGAGACCGUGCCUUUCAGGCUAACGAGGGAUAUUGUAGACGGCAUGGGGAUAAGCGGUGUCAAAGGCGUGUUUCAAAAAUGUUGUGAAAUAGCAUUGGCUGUGCUUCGAGAUGAGGCCGAGGCAAUCAGCACCAUAUUAAAUGUACUUCGAUAUGACCCUUUGUAUACUUGGUAA